AUGCUCAGCGCACAUCGAAAUAUAACAACGUCACUAAUUCUCCAGUACGCGAUUGGUGUGUUAUUAGAUAAAAUCGGACUGGAAAUAAAUUCUCAUGCUACAUGUGUAAUAACUGAUGGAAACAGUCAUCAUAACGAAGUACAUUUGAACCACUUACCUGCUGUCAGAGGUGAUUGUCAUGAAAACGUUUUCAUAAAUCAAGUGCAACAUGGUGUUGCUGCCGGAUGCUCGUUUUUUGUAGUUAGUGAGGAAUGUGUAACGCCGUUUCUGAAUAACUUUCGCCAAAUACAUGAUUGGGUGGAUCAGAAAUAUGAGAAGAAGGUGCUGGUGGUGGCUGAUACAGAAAGGGUGUUAUCGCACCAGAAUAUAAUGGACAUUUUAACGCACCAAAUAGUGAUAAAUGAGCUACCCUUGACGCUGCUUUUACAACCAAAUGUUAAUAACGAAUGGAUAUGUGUUUGGUCAGCAUAUCCAUUCGAAUCGUAUUUUCUAAAGCACAAUCGAUUUUUCGUUGGAAACCUUUCCUUUGAAUACAACAAGCAAAUAAUACCGAAAAUAACUGACCUGAAUGGAUUGCCAGUGACUGGUGCAUUUAUGAGUUAUCCGCCGUUUUCAUAUUACGAACGUGUUCCUUCUGGUUCUGGCAAUGCACAACUGUUCAAUUCCAACGAAUCUCGACCGAUUAAUUUGGACGGUCAAGAGUGUUUGAUUAUAUUGGAAUUCUGUAGACGGUACAAUUGUACACUUACAGCUCGUUUGGACUAUGACGAAGCUACGUGGGGCGAAGUAUAUGAUAACCAGACGGGUAACGGUUUGCUGUUCGUUAAAAAGUUCACCGUCAAGUCAAUACCAGAAUUGCGUGAACUAGUCCGACAAAAACGAGUCGCCAUUACAAUGGAACGAAUGCAACACGGUACAUUGAGUUAUCUGUCAUACCUGGAACGGGAAUCGUCCAAAAAUUAUAUGGUCAUGAAGCAGCCAAUGUAUUGGCAAUACACAACCGUUAUGGCAUCGAAAACGUGGCCGUUCAUGGAACAAUUGAGUCGAAUCGUAUUGUUACAACAGGAGAGUGGACUGCAACGGUACUGGGAGUAUCUUGUAAAUAUUUUCAUAUUCAAAUUGGCCGUUUUGGAUCGUUCAAUUCAUUUAAUGUUCCAAACAGUCAUCUAG